CAGGCCAGUCUUUUAUACCAAACCUUUCAAAAUGGCGCUCCCUUUUAAAACUAGCAAGCCGGUAGAAAUCGCUGAACUGUUUUGAAAGACCUGCAUUUUUUUUAACAUAAGUUCUUUCAAUCAAAACGGAAGGAUCAUGCUAUAAAAUGGACACAAUAGACAAAUGGUUCAUACGAGAGGUGCUUGUCUGGAGAAGUGGCGCUGCAGUGGCAUGGUCGGUGUUCUCUCUGCCAGUGAUUGCAGGCUUCUAUGUGAGUCUGACCACACUCCAGCCUCUCCAUCCACUUAGUUGGCUUCCAGAUACAUUUGGAUGCGUGCUGUCAUUGUCUUUCAUCAGCUGUGUGCUGCUGUUGAUGAUUUUAAAUGGACUGUUUUACUCAUACAGCAGAAAAACAUUUACAGUGGUGCCUACUGCAUCAGUGACAAGAUUUUCCCACCUUGGUCAGCUAUGUCGGGGCCCGGUGUUACUAUAUAUGACCAUUUGCAUGGGCUCAGGACAUCUGAUUGGCUGGGUGUGUACAGGGCUCCUUGGGGCUCGAUAUGCCGGCCUUACAUUCAAGUGUGAGCCUGACAGUGAAUCACGGUGUAUCAAUGAGCACCAUCUGUUUCUGGUGUUAUACGGUGGAUACACAGGCCUCAUGUACAUUGUGCAUCACUACAUCCAACAGAACCAUGUCAUACGCUUUCCCCAAGCCCAGGAAGCCAAAUAUGCCCAAGUACGUUGCCAGCUAGCCAGUACAGUCUGGUCGGCUUUGGGACAUGUGGUCUGGCAGAUAAAGUUUUUCUACCUUGGAUUCUAUCUUCUUGGUGGAAUUCCCAGAGAUUUCAUUGCUUCAAGUCUUUCUUUAAACUAUGGGCCAGGCCCUAGACUGGACAGUAUGAGAGGGCUGCUAUUUGAUGUGGCCCUGCUGUGGCAGACCCUGUUACUGGGAGUGUUUAUACAGUUCUCCUGGACCCUUGCGGCUCUUCUUCAUAAGAUAUACAACACAGAGAGCUAUGAAUUUCCAAUCAGCACGAUGUUCGACAAUUUCAAGAACAAGUGUCUGGUUGAUGCCAUGUCCUGCACAAGCCUGCCUCUACUUCAGGCCCUAGGCUUCCAGGAUCUCAACCAUCUGUCUAAGCAUUCACUUGGUCGACGAAAAGAGCUGUUUAGUCUUAGCCAACCAGGUGGUCAUCCCCACAAUUGGAACAAGAUUCUGGCUGUGUGUCUCUCUGUUCUCAACGAGCUCAGUGAAGGUGUCCAAGAAGUUAACUGGAAGAUCCUGGCUAGUGCCCCUGUACGAAAACCUAGUGCUGAAAAACAUGCCGUGACAACAGAAGGAGGGAAAACAGAAAGUAGCGAAGCUGAUCAAAAUGAAAAGAAAUCAACAGUUCGAGAAAGAAUAAUAAAUGGCAUCAAACGAAGACCAGAGAUGAAGUUCUUCACAAGGGAAGGUGGAGAGCCCAACAAGUCCAAGAACCUGUUUGCUACUGCAUAUCUCCAGAUCUGGACGGUGGAAGCCCUGGCCUCCCUGGUUGGUGCCUCUGUGAGGGAGGAUCUGUUUGGGGUUGUCCAGAUGUCCUUGUCAGAUAUUGUUUCCAACAUCCUCAACCUACAUGAGAAUGUAGAUAAACACUUCAAGCUGACAGGUGGGGUGGGGCGGCGCUCGGCCAGGGAGGGGGGUGGAGCUAGUGACCUUUCACUCAAAUACCAGUUACAGGCCUCCAUCAAAGCCUCCAUAUACAACAUCGUCAACACUUUUGGAAAACACUUACUAGAAGUGGGCUUGCCUCCAGAGACUGAGAAGAGAUUACAACAUUUUCUCCAUUACCGAGAAUAAACAGUUCUUAAAAACUGACUUAUGAUGUUUUCACAAAUUGCUUUACACUUCUGAUUUGAGUGUUUUGUAAACUCCUUAUAUCUUGGAGUGGAAAUGGGAGUAUUUCUAUAAGCAAUGACUACUGAUAAUGGGAGGAUUUGUAUUUUGCACAUCAACACUCAAGUGAAUCAUGUGUACAGUUUGAGGAAUGGGAUAAUUGUAUUUAAUAUGUCGGUAUAUAUAAAAGUGCUAGUGUUUUUGUUGCUAUACAAGUGCUUUCAGUUUCUUUCUUGACUGUUUUGUUUACAAACUUGUACAUGUUAUGUGCUUCAGGAUUGAAUGAUGUUUGUGUAUGUCGAUUGAUCAUUUAAGACUGUGGCCGGUGUCGAUUAUCAAUUGCAAAAUCUCAGAAUUGUCAAUUGUCACCAUGUGGUGGUAUCAUCUAUAAAUCAUUUGGUAUUCAACUAGAAAUAACUUCUCUAUAACCAAAACACAGCUUAAAGUUUUGCAUUUAUGUUUAUUCAUUGAUAAGUACACUUGUAAUAUCAAAAUACAGCUUGUUAUUCUUUAAUGCCACACAGUUUUGACAUUGUUAUGAGCUUUGAAUUAGCUUGCAUAAUUGAAAAUUGAUCAAAAUGGCUUGACUAAUAUUUGCCGUAAUUAAUUUAGAUUUAGGACCAAUUUCAGUUCCUAUAUCAUAUUAAAUGUGCUAAAUGAACUUUGAUGGUGUUUCAUAUAUGAAGUGCACAAAAUAUGAUGUCAGAUGGCCAUGUUUCUUACCAUUACAUAUUUUGUUUACAGUUUUUGUUUGCAACUAUUAAUUUCAUGAGCAAAUUUCUUACUGUGGUAAAUAAUGUUUCUGCAAAUUUUGUGACAAUAAAGUUCUUGAAUGUU